AAACGAUCGCCUUCGCAACUCGCUUUGUGAAAUCCUAUUAUUUGUUUCCAACUUUGGGAUCAUCUUGUAUAGCUCGCCGCUAGCAAGAAUUUACGAGAGAAUCGGAGCGUUGAGUUCGAUGGCGUUUCAAACAGGUUCCUCGGUCUUUGGUACAAAGCCAGCUACAGGCUCUAUCUUUGGGCAGAGUAGUACUACCGCUCCCCAGCAGGGGUCACUGUUUGGCAGUACGCAACAGAACACUAACACCAGUGCCUUUGGCACCCAAUCACAGUCACAACCUGCACAGGGCACAUCAUUAUUCGGGAGUACGUUUGGGCAACCCGCUCAGCAGCAGCAGCAACAGCAACAACAGCCGGCACAAGGUAGCUCGUUGUUCGGUGGAUUCGGCCAAAAACCAACCCAGCCUGCCACGGGCGGUAUAUUUGGACAAUCGGGAUCUCAGCCACAAGCUCAGCAGCAACAAGGCGCGUUUGGUUCUUCGCUGUUUGGAGGAUCUGCAGGACAACCCAGUGCACAACAACAACAGCAACCGCAGCAGCAGCAGCAGCAGUCUAACCUUUUUGGUAACCUGGGGGCGAGUACCGGUCCUCAACAACAGUCGACUUUCGGCGGUUUUGGGACUCAAUCGACACUUGGAGGAGGUUUUGGCGCAGGUGGGUCAACGCUAUUUGGCACCAGACAAGCGUCUCAACAACCAUCCCUGUCAAUGACUCAAACAGCCAGCGGCGCACCACCUUUUACGAAAUCAACGAAAUUCAAUGAUCUUCCUGACGACGUCAAGAGAGUCUUCGAGCAGAUUGAUGCACAUAUUCAGGGUCGGAUACAAAUCAGCAAUGACCUAAAGCAGCGGAAACUGGGCGAUGAGGCGACGAAAGGUCAAGAACUGAUAUACAGCGUCCAUCAGGACCUGCUGAAUACGAUAACCGUCAUCCAUUCUGACGUGCAUCUGACACGAGACCUUAAGUCCAAAGUGGAUCAGACUGUGCAAGAUACCAUCAUUGCGACACGAAUAAUAGAUGGCUUCCGAAACCCUCAACAGCAUGGACAGCAUCUGAGAAACCACUCGGAAUUCCCGUUAGAGUUUUUCAACCGUGUGACGGAGGAGAUGAAGGAACGUUUGCGCUGGUGUAGAAUCACAAUAGAGGCGAUCGAACGCAAGCUUUCGUCGGCUAUCUCGCAGACUCAAUAUACGCCACAAGUAAUUUCAUCGACCCUGGAAGCACAGUACAAAACGUUCAUUGCUCUGGCGAGCAAGACGGCGGUCUUGGAUGCCGAGUUGCAGAAGAUCAAAUCCGUCUAUACACAAAUGUGGCGUGCUAAGACAGGUAGUAUGCGCGAUCCGUUCAACGAGCUGGACCGCAGGACUGGAGGAGAAUUUGGUUUGGAAAGUUUAAGUGGGAAAUGAGUACACGACGAACACAAAACUUUGCUGUCAGAGGUGGCCCUUGAUUCCGUUCAGUCACUUUCAGUUCGCGAUAUUCACGCUGCCACAUCGUGGCGCACAGCCUUGCUUGGAGACGCGUCGGUGACACAGGCGCACACUGGAACCUAUCCAUAGGAUCAUUUCGACCUUUCCAAGCUCGAAUAAAUAAACUCUUCAAGA